AUGAUCGCGCGCGCGGCGAAAAACGCGCCGCCGCCGCGCGCUCCGCGACCGCUGCGACCGGAGGACGUGGCGGACUUGGAAAUUGCGAUUGAAUUAAACCUCGAGACCGACGGCUUGUCCGACGUCGAGCGCGCGUUCCUGCCGCCGGGCGAAUCCCACAACGACGGCGAUUUCAUCGCGAUCAGGAACGCGCUCAUCGUCAAAUGGCGAGCUAAACCGCGCGAGUAUUUGUCCGCGACGGCGGCGGCGGACAUGUUCAAGAACAAAUUCAUCAACCUCGCGCACGGGGUGCACAGAUAUCUCACGAUGUUCGGAUACAUCAACUACGGCGUCAUGCGCACGGCGUCCAAGUUUGAAGAAUUCGCGGAGAAGAAAGGGACCUCGCAAAAGAUGUCCGUCGUCGUCAUCGGCGCCGGUAUCUCCGGACUCGCCGCGGCGAAACACCUGAAAAAUCUUGGGCACAGAGUGGUGGUUCUGGAAUCGAGCGAGCGUUUGGGAGGGCGCGUGGACACGCGCGACGACAAAGACGUCAAGAAAGUGUGGGCCGAUCUCGGAGGAAGUAUUUUGAGCGGGUCGAAUGGCAACCCGCUCUGCGUCGUCGCGCGUCAACUCGGAAUCAAGCCGCACAUCAUUCAGCCCGAGUGCCCGUUGUACGACCGCAACGGCGACACGGUCGAUAGCGAAGUGGACGAGAUGGUGGAGAAAAAUUUCAACAAAAUACUGGAAGACAUGUCGUUCUUUCGCGUGGCGAUGGAUCGACAAAUCGCCAACGCCUCAUCGCUCGGGCGCGAACUCGAGAAGAGAAUAAAUGUUGAGCUCGAGAAGUUGCCGAUGGAGACUAGAAACGCGGCCAAGGACGUGCACAACUGGCACAUCGCGAAUUUGGAAUUCGCCAACGCGUCGCAGGCGAAAGAGUUGUCGUUGAUGCAGUGGGAUCAAGACGACGCGUACGAUUUCACCGGUAAUCACGUCGUCGUGCCGGGUGGUAACGUGCGUUUCAUCGACGCCCUGAGCAAGGAUUUACGAGUUUGGUAUCGUCAUCGCGUGACAUCCAUCACCGACGCUCAGUCGCUCGGCGGCAAGGGCGUCAUCGUGCACUGCGGUCGAGAAGUCGACAUCAUCGCCGACUGCGUCCUCGUCACCGUUCCGCUGGGUGUUUUGAAGCGCGGCGUCAUUUCCUUCAUCCCGGAGUUGCCUCAUCGCAAGCUUCAAGCCAUAGAGAACAUAAAUUUCGGCGUCUUGAACAAGGUCAUCUUGGUCUUUGAAAAAAGAUUUUGGGACGAAAAGUGCGACACGUUUGGUUUCGUGCAGUCGCACACGCGCGAUCGCGGUCGAUACUUUUUGAUAUAUUCCCACAACAAGGGCGACGAAAACGUCAUCCUGGCGCUUUGCGCCGGGGAAGCCGCGAUCGAAGUCGAAAGCCGCGAAGACGACGAGGUGGUGGAAGAUUUGUUGGCGCACUUGCGAUGCGCUUUCCCAAAGGCAGACGUGGGCAAGCCGGUGGCGAGUCACGUCACGCGGUGGGGGAAGGAUGAAAACACGUUCGGCGCCUACAGCUCGUGCUCGACGAGAGCCACCGGGGACGAUUAUGAAGAGAUGAGCGAACCGGUGGGGAACAUCCACUUCAGCGGCGAAGCGACGACGAGGCACUAUCCGGCGACGAUGCACGGGGCGUGGAUCACGGGCAUGCGCGAGGCGGGGCGAAUCGCGAUGAAGAGCGAUAUCACGAGUCCAAUCGACAAGCUCACCGAUAUCACCGUGGCGAUCAAUAAUCUUCAGGGAACGACGUAUAAGAAAGAACCCGCCCCGCCCGCUCCCGCGACGACGGAGCCAGUCGAGACGGGCGGAGAAGAAAAUAACGCUCAAGACGCCAACAAGAAGGAAUGA